GUUAUGUUUCAUGAGUUGUGUGUGCGCGGGCGUGAGUGUAGUGAGCGAGAGAGCUUGAAAGAAUGAGAAAGAGAGAAAAAAGAGGCGCGCGAAGCGAUAACUAAUACCACUUUUUUACAUCAACGACUACUAUUACUACGACUCAUGCAAGGCUAUUAUUUGCAUUUUGUCUUGAAACAUGUUUUUCCUUGUGUCUAUGCACGUCUAUAAUAACAGAAGAUGAACAUUGACGCGGAUUAAUGUACAUCUUUGCUUUUUUCUGUCACUAAAUUCAACUUUUCAACCGAAAAACUUCAUAUGUAUAUUUUGUGGAGUGAUCGUUUUUAAAUGAGAAAAACGAGUAUACUAUUGAUUUUUUGGUUUUCAGCACUGUCGGUCAUUGAUAAAUGUCGACUCCUUGCUCAGGAAACGAGCCGGCCACACCAACAAAUACCUCACCUAAUAAUGAAACUUCAAAUUCGUGCUUAUCAAUGGGCGUUGGUGUGGCAUCCAAUGAGACGAACUCCUCGAGAGAGUUGAAGAUCUUCAAGAAAGUCAUCCGCGAUCCAGUGUUACGGGCUCCAUUUCAAGAAUUUCUCGAGCAGCAAUUUUGUGCAGAGAAUUUAAAUUUCUAUUUAGCUGUAGAGCAGUUUAAAGAAAUUCAAGACUUCCAGGAGAGAUCAUCUUUUGGACGUCGAAUAUUUGACAGAUAUUUUGCAAUGAAUAGUACUGAGCCCGUAAACAUUGACAAUUCAACAAGCAAGCGAAUACGAGAAACUGUUGAAAGUGGUGGAUUCCCUUUAGAUACUUAUGACGUAGCACAAUAUCAGAUUCUUCACUUGUUGAAGUACGAUUGCUGGCCACGUUUCUUACGAUCCACAAACAACUCUCAACCAUCUUUCACAGAUGAAGAACUAGCGGCGGAUGAUGAAGAUAAAAAUGGGCAUAGCCAACCAACCUCCCUCAAUAAUACGAACGAAUUUGAAGCAGCUGCGCAACAGUCGCAGCCUGCUCCAAACGCACCAGCAGCGACAAAGGAAAAACCAUCGAAGCAAUACAGUAUGCCGGCUGAGAUGACGUCUCCCGUGAAGAAGAACUCGCUGUCGCCGACGCAUCUACGACGAUGUCGACCUGUGGAGCCGAAGCACUGCCAGCUGAUGAUUGGGGAUCAAUUCAAUACGGAAACGGUUACACUCAGCGAUCCGACAAUGUCGGUUCGUCGAUGGACGCAAGAAAUGGCGGAUGCACAGGGAAUGGAUCGGAUGCACGUCGAGGUUGUAGACGCCGAGACUGGAAGCACUAUUGAUCCAGCCAGACAGGCAAUCGACGCGCUACAAUCCCGUGCACUCCGACUUGUUCCUGUCGUCUCGUUCAUCAUCGAAUUUCUGCCCGCCAACUUUUCGUUCAAAAAUCCAGCGUCAACGCCAACAAAAUUGGUCUGCAUUCGUGCUCGACACUCUUUAUCGACGGGAGCAGUAUUAAGACCGUUACUUCACAAGUAUACGCUAGACCCUCAAGUAACACGAAUAGUUUUAAAUGGUUCUUUGGAGCAAGUUAAACGGUCUUGUGCUGUUGGACAAGUGUCGCAAAAAUGUUUGACAGUUAUGUCAGAAGCUCAAUAUAGUGAUCGAGUAAACGCGGGAAAAGUAAGCCUACCGCCACGAGAUCCAAUUCUGUCUCAGUUGCCGAGCACGAUCUACGAGCAAAACAACUUUCCAUUCCAUCAGAACGGUGAUAUCUCGUAUUGCGAGAUUCCUAACGAGUCUGAACGUAACAAGCACGCACAUUUGCAGCAUGACGGGCCUAAUGCGGCUCAUCAACAAAAGGAGUACACGUUGAGUAUUUUCAACAAGUUUGUUCGAAAAGCCUCGCAUGCAGUGUCAAAGAGCGAUCCCAACCCAUCAGCAGGAACCAGUCAGGACAGAAUGGCGUCUGGAGUUUACUCACCAGCAACCGGCGGGCCAUCAUUUGCAAGUCGUGCAGCUGCUGGCACCAAUUUCGGUGGAUCAGCAAAUCAAGUAAAUGCAGGCAGCGCCAGUACAUCAUCUAACAAUAAAACGGAGAAAAAAGUAGUCAAGCCUGAAUCAGAAAAAGAGAAGCUGAAGCCUCGGUCAGAUGACAUACCAACAACGUCCACUUCAACUCCUAUGGCAGUUGAAACAAAACCGAAUGGUAGCCGAACUACUGAAGAACCAUUGAAACGGAUGGGCAAGAGCGGCGACGAUGGAUCUCAGGAACCGCAAGGCAUUCGACACCCGGCAAUCUUUUCCACAAAAAUAGGCGACGAGGCGGCGGCGGCUGCGGCUGGAGCAUCCCCGUCAACAUCAGCACCGUCAACGUCGACAUCUGUUCAGACGAAAACAACGACAUCUCCCACUAAGUCGCCGACAUCCACGACAAUCACAACAUCCGGAACGACGACAUCGGCGACGAGUUCAGUCGCCACUGCGCCGCCACCUGUAUUACACGCAAUGAGGUCCGCAUCGACUCCAGCAACAAGUUCACAAUUAACGGGUGGCGGAGGUGGUAAUCCGCGGGAGUCUUCUUGGCAAACUGCAGCAUAUGUAUAGAUGAAAUUGUUAUUGAAUUGAUGCCGGUGUCUUCUUUUGAUUCUUUCUCCAUUCUAUCAUUUUACAUUUCCUAUUUAUUUUCAUUGAACGCAACCUGGAGCUAGUGUUUAUGUAUUGUUUAUAAAUUCGAAACAUAAACAGUGUUUUUUUUUAAAUUCGUAAUUUUUAUGAUAUCUCUUUAUCAUUAAUCUUUUCCAUAUUUUCUUUCUAUUUCCCAUCUAAACACUUUUUGCAAUUCUUUCUAGUCAAUUUCAAUUCCUCUCAUUCUUUCCAACUACCAGUGUCUAUGAAAAAAGAUCGCACAAUCAAAACUUUUCAUUCUCAAAUCAAAACGAUUCGAUUCAAAAAGUCUUCAUUAAGAAAAACUGAAACUACACGUAAUAUCUAAUAUGUAACAAUAACUUAUUAUGUACUUUUGUUCUUAUAGUGUCAAUAAAUGUUACAUGUA